GAGCAGCUGUCUCAGUUGCUUGGGAGCAGGGGAGCAAACUUGCUGGCUUCCUGUUCAGGCAUGAUCACACAGCCACGCUUCCUGUUCUGCCCGCCUUCCUGUGGACUCUGCCUCCUCACUGCAGAGAUGCCCUGGGAAGUCCAGGGUCCUGGAGCCAGGAAGAAAAAAACAUGGAUGCUGGGGAGCUUGCCUUAGCUUCCCUGAUACGUGACACCAGCGGCCCCGGGGAGCUGCCUGUGAGUCACCAACAGAGGAGGACAAAGUACUGGUCCUUCUCGCUCGUCGUGGCCGCUCUCGUGGGAGCCUUCGGAUCCUCCUUCCUCUAUGGGUACAACCUCUCCGUAGUGAACGCGCCCACGCCGUAUAUCAAGGCUUUUUACAAUGAAACCUGGGGCAGAAGGUAUGGACAUCCCAUAGACCCCGAUACCCUGACUCUGCUCUGGUCUGUGACUGUGUCCAUAUUUGCAAUUGGUGGCCUGGUGGGAACGCUGAUGGUGAAGAUGAUCGGAAAGUUUCUUGGGAGGAAGUCCACAUUGCUGGUCAACAAUGGAUUUGCAAUUUCUGCAGCGUUGCUGAUGGCCUGCUCACUCCAGGCAGGAACCUUUGAGAUGCUCAUUGUAGGACGGUUCAUCAUGGGCGUGGAUGGAGGCAUCGCACUCAGUGCACUCCCCAUGUACCUCAACGAGAUCUCACCCCAGGAGAUCCGGGGCUCUCUGGGCCAGGUGACUGCCAUCUUCAUCUGCAUUGGCGUGUUUUCUGGACAGCUGCUGGGCCUGCCUGAGCUGCUGGGAAAGGAGAGCACCUGGCCAUACCUGUUCGGAGUGAUCAUUGUCCCUGCCUUGGUCCAGCUGGCAAGCCUGCCAUUUCUCCCUGAGAGCCCACGCUACCUCCUCUUUGAAAAGCACGAUGAGGCAGGAGCCAUGAAAGCCUUCCAAACAUUUCUGGGGAAAGAAGAUGUCUCCCAAGAACUGGAGGAAGCCCUGGCCGAGAGCCGUGUGCAAAGGAACCUCCGCCUGGUAUCUGUGUUGGAGCUUCUGAGGGCGCCCUUUGUCCGCUGGCAGGUCAUCACUGUCAUUAUCACCAUGGCCAGCUACCAACUAUGUGGACUCAAUGCGAUCUGGUUCUACACCAACAGCAUCUUUGGGAAAGCUGGGAUCCCUCAGGACAAGAUCCCAUACAUCACCCUGAGCACAGGAGGAAUUGAGACGCUGGCUGCUAUCUUCUCUGGCCUUGUCAUUGAGCGCUUAGGAAGGAGACCUCUCCUCAUUGGUGGCUUCGGGCUGAUGGCACUCUUCUUUGGGACCCUCACCGUGACACUGACCCUGCAGGACCAAGCUCCCUGGAUCCCUUACCUAAGCAUUGUGUGCAUCUUGGCCAUCAUUGCUUCGUUCUGCAGUGGUCCAGGUGGGAUCCCAUUCAUCCUGACUGGAGAGUUCUUCCAACAGUCAGAGCGGCCGGCAGCCUUCAUUAUCGCAGGCACAGUCAACUGGCUUUCCAACUUCGUUGUAGGGCUCCUUUUCCCCUUCAUCCAGAAAAGCCUGGACUCCUACUGCUUCCUCGUCUUUGCCAUAAUAUGUAUUGCAGGUGCUAUCUACUUCUAUUUUGUCCUCCCGGAGACCAAGAACAGAACCCAUGCAGAAAUCAGCCAGGCAUUCGCCAAGAGGAAUAAAGCUUAUCCCCCAGAGGUGAAGGCUGACUCAGCCAUGGCAGAGGAGAAGGCCAACAGCCAGACUGAGCCAGAUCCAUCUUCCACACUGGAAAGCUAUGGCCAAAACAAAAUUGUCUAAAUGUGUGUUCUUGCUACAGUAACCCAAGACUUCCCCAAAACUUAGAAGAUUUCAGGUGACUAAAGCCAUGUGAGAUUCCUAUGCUGAGGAGCUAGGAAGAAACCCAUGGGAAUCGAACCUUACAGUCACACGUCUGAACUCCCCUGGAAGCAUUCCUAGGUUUGCUCCACUCAGCAUACUAUACAGACCAAGGGCUGCCUUCCUCAUGCUUGAACCCAUAGUUUUGAAAUAAAGUUGGGGGAAAGGGAACAGGUUGCCUUCUCAUAGGAAAGCAAUCUGGUCUGAUGAAUACUCAAUGUAUUGGGAAUGGCAGCCUGGGGCUUGUCUCAGCUGUGCUGUUGCUAAGCAACCCUGACCUACCCUCCUCAGCCACUAGCCUCCAGGCCCCCAGACCUUGGAAGGCUUCCCAACUUCCAUGGGGAGAUUCUUUGACCCACUAACAAAUGCCUGUUGCUAACCUUUGGCUCUGCCCUGUGGACCCGAGGCUUAGGAACGCUUCAUAACAACCCACCAGGCUGCUCAUCAAACCAAGACAGGCUCUUCCCCCAGCACUCAAGGCUGCCAGGUCUGAGGCUGUCUUUAGUUCAGACUGUUACAAAGAUCACACAGAGGAUCAACAAGUAAUUUGAAAAAGAACUUUGUGGUACCUAGGGGGCAGAGACUGCAAGGUGGGCUCUGAACAUGGAGAGUGACUCUGAGAUCAAACCUAGGUUUGAUGAGAAAGAACACUGGGAUUGAUUGAUGAUGUCUGUCUUGGAUGUAGGAAUGACAACCUCAGUUCCUAAGCCUUGUGUUUGUGGUGUAAAGGAGUUCAUCUUUAGAGGUAACAAACUGCCUGGAAAGACACUUGACAUCCAUCACUCCUAGUGCUCAGGUGAAGGCUGGGGUGGCAGAGAUUACCUGUCUCAACAGUUAUUUAGGAAGUCAAAGAGGCGGUUCUAGAGGUGGGUGUCUGGUUGGGGCAACUUGCAUCUUGCCAUCAUCAUGUUUGGCUGAAUUCCUUCUUCUGCCUUCAAAAAAGUACAUGUGACAAAUGUCAUAAGCAAAUGGCAGGUACAUCAACUGGCAUUGUUGUAUUUAUGUUUAGGGUGCCUUAGAGGGUGUGUUCCAGGAAGGGAAGUCUCCAGACCAGGCAACACUGCUGUUUUCCUGACAGUUCUGGAUGAGGAUGGCCUUAACCAAAACCUGUGUUCUGACUGUUCCCUCCCUGUUGAAAUCUCUUCAUCUUGGGCCUCUCCUUGGUGUAUUCCCAGCUCAGGAAGUCAUACCAUCCAGCACUGGUUUGAGCACUGGGUGUUGGUAUAGAGAGAACACAACAUAUAGAUUUGACAAGGGCCUCUUGCAAAGGGAACCAAGAAAUUGUAAAACCAAAAUAAUAACAUUUGAAAGCUGCCAUUCACUUGGAGAUUUAAGUAUUUUGUCAAUAAAUAUUUAUCAGACAGUCACUAGUCUGCCUUGGCUGAGUACUGAAGACAGAUCCAUGCGCAAGGAAACACACUGCCCUGACCUUCACACUCACACGUCUGACAGAGAGAUGGGCCGUCAAAGCACUAAUAGUUGCCAUUUCUUCAGUGGGGGGUGGGCAUUGGUAGGAGGAAUAGAUGAGAUCUUAGCUGAGAAAGAGGAAUGCCUUCUAAGACAAGGGCUAGAGCAGAGUCAGGGCCAGUGACCAUGAGGCCAGAGGCCAGCAAGUAUUAUUGGUAUGUUCUUAAUAUUUGAAAUUAUAGGGAAGCCACACUAAGGACAUUUUGGGAAAAAAUUAAUCUCAUAAUAAAACUGAUCAUCUCCCACGCUUCACUGUUUCACUUUUCAGACAGCCCUGUCUGUUUCCUGCCUGUUAUUAAUCCACUUGCAAACACAGAAUACAUAAAGCAUAAUUAGAAUCAUCUUUCUCUUAUCUCCUAUUUUUCCCCACUUGAUAUUAAAUCAAAUACAUCAUCUCAACCCUGAAGACUUUUGUUCACACUCUGGUGCCCGCUGCAGAGACUUCUCCACAUUGGAAGCUGUUUCUUGGAUCCUAGAAGAAAAUGGAGAUCCAAGAGUCAGAGUCAGGUGUACCCUGAAGGCCUACAGGCCAAAGUUUUGCUGGGUGACAGUGGCUGUUUGCAUUCUGCAUCCUUGCAUGGUCAUCAAGAGAAGCUUGGCUGUCAGUCUGACUCUGAUUCCCACCCAAGCUCUAGGUGUGAGGACCUUGUCAAUCCAGUUCAAUUAUUUCCUUAUCUCAAUCAAAGGCAUGCAGCAGACCCCAGCACAGGCCUGGUCCAGUUCCCAGGCACACAUAUAAUGGGGACUGAAAGAACAGAGCAGAGUCUUCCGAAUGAAGCUGAAGUGAAUUUACCACCCACAAAGGUGUAGGAAGCCGCGGUUAGCGGUGGUUAGCGGUGAUAUA